AUGUACAGCAACCCUCCAAGCCGCACCCUCGCCUAUGCUCCCACUCCCUAUGCGCACCCAGCCACAAACACUCUCUCCGCCCGCAUCAAUCUCGACGAAGAAGUCAAACUCGCCGACUCGUCCGCCGAACGUGACCUGAUUGACUCCCUCGCCGAGAUCUACAGCAUCAUCCGUACCCUCGACGGGCUGGAAAAAGCAUAUAUCAAAGAUGCUCUACCGGAGACAGAGUACUCGGACAUGUGUUCGAAACUGCUGAAGCAGUACCGAUCGAUAUUGAAUGAUGAAAGUGUGGCUCGAGAGUUUGGAGACCUGGACACAUUUACGCAGAAAUGGGACAUCGAGUGCCCCCGUGCCAAAGAACGUCUAAGAGUUGGACUAUCCAGUGUGGAAACUAUCACCGUCGCCAAAGCUACUCCUGGAUCUACAGCACCACAAGGCAAUCUUUCGGGCAGCUUGAUCUUAGUCGCGACGGAGAAUUUCAUCACGUUCCUCGAUGCGCUGAGGUUGAACAUGGUCUCCAAGAGUGCAUUGCAUCCACUCCUGUCAGACGUGAUCCAGUCGGUGAACAAGGUCACAGACCAGGACUUUGAGCACCGCGGCAAGAUUAUCCAGUGGCUGAUCACGCUCAACCAGAUGAAGACAUCAGAGGAGUUGAGCGAGGAGCAGGCGAGAGAUUUGUCAUUCGACAUGGAGCAAGCAUAUAACGGAUUCAAGUCGAUCAUUCAAUGA